AUGACAGAGGUUGUCCGCCUUUCAUUCAAUGGACUGGGCACCACAGCGUUGACUUGGUUUGCCAAAUCCCAGCUACUGACAUCGCCCUGGACAGACAUUCAGUGGGCGCCAGUCAACUACUUCAACAUCGAAGGCACGGGAGGGGAUCGGAGAUUUUUCAUCAAUUCUAAAUACAGUACAACUUCUUGCUAUGGGGAUGAGGGAUGGUUUGUGGUCCUUGAUGCCAGUGACAUCUGUGGAUGGAGUCAACGUUCUGCCUACCCAGCGUUUAGUUACCUGAAUGGAAGCUCCAAGCAGAACUGGUUCUUCGGUAAUUAG